AUGUCCUGCCACUCCGGUACUGGGAGACGCUGGUACGAAGCUACCACACCACCCCGCUCUUUCACCUGGCUGCAUUAUGGGGUCAAAACUUUGGUCAGACGUCAAGUUGGGCCAACUUGCGUACCAAAUGCCGUCUGUGCUGCAUUGGAAAUGGCGUACCAGAUCCAUCGCAGGCAGAAGAUUCUGCUCUCUGAACACGAACUUAUCGAGUACGGCAUCUCUGGCUCCUCCUCAUUUGCUCUGGCAUGGAUUUCGAAGUAUGGAGUAAGCCUCCGGGACGACUAUCUCCAAGGAAAACAGGAAUUUUAUAAAAUUGAUGGGAAAGGAGCGAAUGUUUUGCACACAAUGGUAGCAGUGGGAUGGGUGUUGGAUGACAAAAAUGAAGUGUAUUUCAUGGUGCACAAUUCUUGGGGACCUGAUUGGGGCAAGAAUGGAUAUGGCUGGAUUCAUCAAUCGUGCAUAGAACGUGUUAGAGUGCCUAUACUCUAUCGUGAUUGCAGAGUCAUUGCUUGA